AUGGCACCCAGUCUGGUCGAGCUAGAUUUGCCAUCUGCGGAAUACAUCACAGGCCAUAAUGUUCAAACAGUCACCAAGUCUAUUUACUCGUCCGAAGAUGUCAGUGAAAUUGACUUGGGCCAGUCAUGGUCCAGUGCGCACGAAGCUAUAAAGCCGCAAGCCAUCAAGGCAUCGACUUAUCUGAAAGCUGCAUGGAUCCUUACCCUUCGUUGCUUCCAGCCCGAGGAAGUAUUACACAUGAGCUAUGAUGAAGAAUUGGUUCCGAGAUCUGGGACUCCGCUAGUAUUGACGGUCCGAGUGAACCCAGAUUGGAAUGUACGGUCGCUUCUCGAAACUCUCGAGGUUGAAAAGUCCCCAGCAGAGCCAUGUUCUUCCACAUCAUAUGGGGCUUUGCUUUCAGAGCUACCUCCCUCUCGCCAUAUCCGCACUUCAGCACUCAGAUACUUGACAGUUCCAGAACAAACUAUGAUCCCGUCUAGUCCAGCCAAUGACAGCCUAGAGCUUCUCGUCGUCAACAACGCACAUCGAACAUAUGCUAGCAUUAGGAAUCCAGACAAAGACGCAAAGAACUCGAACCACAGCAUGUUGCGAACCUUUCAACAUGUCCUACGUCAGAUCACAACUCAUCCUGGGAGUUUAAUGCUCGAACAAAUUGAUUACUGCCCGGAUUGGGACCGCAAGAAAAUCCAGAGCCUGACCCGUACCCAGCCAGGCCUAAGCUCGAACUGCCUCCACGAUUUAAUUGUGAAAAGAUGCCAACAACAUCCAACCAAGCUUGCGGUUCGCUCAUUCGAUGGAGACUUGACCUACCAGGAAUUGGACAAUCUGUCUCUCCGACUGGCACAUCACCUCACUCAAUUGGGUGUGCAGCCUGAAACAUUUGUUCUGAGUAGCUUUCAGAAGUCGACGUGGGCGAUCGUAGCUCGAUUAGCCAUUUUACGCGCUGGAGGUGCUUACAUUUCGAUCCACUCUAGCAACCCACCAGCCUAUCUCAGCUCGGUGAUACAGCGCACCAAUGCUAAAAUUAUGUUGAGCGAUCCUGCUUUUGCAGAUCAAUUCCGGAAUAGCAUUGACACGGUCAUCAUAAUUACCCCCGAAUGGCUCCAGAAACUUCCAUUGACAAGCCUGUCGAUACCAUGUCCAUUGGUCCAGCCAUCUAAUGCAUGUACGGUUCUGUUCACCUCUGGGAGUACGGGCAGACCCAAGGCCAUCGUACAAGAGCACCGAUCUUACGCCUCCGCCAUCAGAGACUACGCACGGAAUCUUGGAUUGAAUGAGGAAACCAGGUUCCUGCAUUUUGAUGAUUAUGCCUUCGAUAUCAGUAACUUGGAAUUCUUGGUUCCUCUUAUUGUGGGAGGCUGCUGCUGUGUGCCGGGGCCGAUGAAGACAGUCCAGGAUCUGGCGGACAACAUUCAAAUGCUCAACGCCAACAUUGCAUUCUUGACACCUACCGUGGCCAUUAAAGCAAAUCCAGAAUCUAUGAGCAAUCUUAAGAUCCUAUGCGUUGGUGGAGAGCCUCUCCCGAAAGACCUUCUGAAUAAUUGGGAUGGAAGCUCGACAACGUUGAUCAACCAAUUUGGCAUGGGCGAAGCAGCGGUUUGCUGUGCAUACAACGACGAUGUAUAUGAUCCAAAUAGCUCACCUGCUACCAUUGGGAAGCCGUCAAGUGGUGCAAUCUGGAUUGUCGACCCAACCUCCCCAAUGAAGCUGAUGCCUAUUGGCGUCGUAGGUGAAAUCUUGAUUGAGGGACCUCACCUUUCGCGUGGUUAUCUUGACCAGAACCACCAAGCAUCUGACCGUACGAAACCAGCUGGAUUUCUCGAGCAGAUUCCACCUUGGUUGGAGGAGCUUCAUCCUGAUCGACGAUCUGCCCGCGUGUAUCAAUCAGGAGACUUGGCACGAUGGACUCAUGAUGGAAAGGUUGAGUACAUUGGACGCAAAGACACGAUUGUAAAGCUCGACGGGUGUCGAGUAGAUGUUAUUGAGGUCGAGCACCUUGCAAGGAAAUCUCUUACGCCCAAAGAUGCCAUUGUGGUAGACCUCCUCGGCAUCAUUGAUGGCAAAGAAAAUCCUUGUCUGGCUGCUUUCUUGUACCUCAGCGACCAUCCAGGCAACUCCGAAAUGGCAGAGCCUUCAUUAAAAGACGCAAGUGAAGAUCCCGUGGCUUUUGAAAAAGUGGCACAGAUCAAGGCAAUUCUUGCCGCAUAUCUCCCGCUUUACAUGAUUCCGACGUUGUUCUUGCUGGGUACCCGGGUGCCGCGUACACCUUCAAAGAAGACUGAUCGCAGGAUAAUCCGACUUCUGUCGCAAAAAUUUUACGCCCAAAUAUGUGAGAGUCGGCGCAGUUCCUCAUCCAGUUCUGAAGAUGCACAACUUCUUCCUCCUUAA